AUGUGGAAUUUUAAAGAUGGAAUUUUAGCAACGCAAGCUUAUGAAAAAUUUGAUUUGAUUAUUGGUGAUUUUUCUGUUAUAAUGGAUUUACUUACGAAACACAGUGUCAUUUAUAAUUUAAUUGGGUGA